AUGAAAGCCCUACAGAUACUUUGUAGUGCGCACCCUUUCCCUCCAAGUUCUUCCUCCACUCUAUUCUCACAAGUGUGUCAACAAAGUAUAAGGAAUUGCCGCUCAGCACCUUCUCCUUCUGCCUUCCUUAUUUAUAUAACCAUCUACUUUUGUCCGGUCCUACCAGGGAGCCGUCCGUGA